GUUGAAGCUGAGUUACAGUACUUGGACACUAAUCGCCAAUCUUCACAUGGUCACACGCAGAAAUGGCCCUGAUUCUUCGCCGCCACUUACAAUUGUGGUCUAGUGAGCCCACCUGUUCUCUUCCAGUCGUAGUCACCGAGUACCCAUCCCAUCCCCAUCUUGCUGAGCCUACAAAGAGCAACCACUGCCCGCCUCAAAGUUCCUGAGAUUGUGUAAACAGUAAACUUCUCUCCUACCACAAGAGUAACCCGGGCAACCUCAAGUAACACUGCAACCCCGCAACACCACAAGCACAAGCACAAGCAACCUCGACCGCCACCGCUACCUACCUUCACCCCUCCAUCCACCCCCAUCCUCAGCAUUCAACCACUCGUCACACCAGCCCAAUUUAUCCGCAAUCAUGGCACCGCACGCUGAUGGAUCUGUUGAUGUCAAUGCCCAAACUAGCAACCUCAAGCCCACCGCUUCUACCUUCCAACCAGUCGCUGCCCUUUCCGAUCCCAGGUACCAUUCAACCUCAACCACGGCUGCCAUCGAGGCCGAACACAAAUACGCCGCACACAACUACCAUCCUCUCCCCAUCGUCUUUGCUCGCGCCCAAGGUUGCAGUGUGUGGGAUCCAGAGGGAAAACACUAUAUUGACUGCCUCUCUGCCUACAGCGCCGUCAACCAAGGACAUUGCCAUCCUGAGUUGGUAAAGGCACUCUGCGAGCAGGCACAACGACUUACGCUAUCCUCGAGAGCAUUUCACAAUGAUGUCUUCCCAAAAUGGGCUGAGAAGGUUCAGAAAGUAUUUGGAUAUGAUAUGGCUCUGCCGAUGAAUGGUGGUGCUGAGGCAGUAGAGACGGCCAUUAAAAUUGCGAGAAAAUGGGGUUACAAGACGAAAAAGAUCCCACAGGGCAAAGCAUUGGUCUUUUCUGUGACAGAGAACUUUCACGGACGAACGGUGAGUCCUGUAAUUCCCAUAUCCAUUUUGGAAAUGCUAACGCGAAAUAACAGAUGACGGCAAUCUCCUUGUCUACCGAUCCCGAAUCUCGAGACAAUUACGGCCCCUACGUCCCAGGAAUUGGUCCAUCAUGUCCAUCAACCGGAAAAUCCAUUCGCUUCGGCGAGAUUGGCGAUCUCGAAAGUGCUUUGGAAGCACAUGGAAAGGAGACUGCUGCGUUCAUCGUGGAGCCGAUUCAAGGAGAAGCAGGAGUGGUCGUCCCAGCAGAUGAUUACCUAACCAAGGUUCACGCACUCUGCAAGAAACACAAUGUCCUCCUGAUUUGCGAUGAGAUUCAAACGGGUAUCGGACGUACAGGACGUAUGCUAUGUCAUGAAUGGGCAGGCAUCAAACCAGAUAUGGUGACACUUGGAAAGGCCAUUUCAGGUGGAAUGUACCCCGUCUCUUGCGUACUUGGAUCCAAGGAGAUCAUGCUUACCAUGGAACCCGGAACUCACGGUUCAACAUACGGAGGUAAUCCUCUCGGAUGCGCAGUCUCCAUUCGUGCACUAGAAAUCAUCGAGGAAGAAGAUUUGAUAGCUCGUUCCCAACAUCUGGGCACUAUCCUUCGUCAAGGACUGGAAGAUCUCAAAUCCCCAAUGAUUAAAUUGGUACGAGGAAAGGGUCUUUUGAACGCCAUCGUCAUUGACGAGUCCAAGACUGGAGGUCAUUCAGCAUGGGAUCUCUGCAUGCUCUUGAAGAGUAAGGGAUUACUAGCCAAACCAACCCACGAGAAUAUCAUCCGACUCGCACCACCACUAAUUAUCUCCGAAGAGCAAAUUAGAGAAGUCCUCAAGAUUAUCGGGGAAGCCAUCGUUGAACUUCCUACUUUGAAGAACGAGAAGGCUGAGUAGGUGAGUUCGGAUGGGGGAGAACAAUGCUCAUAUGCAUCUUGAUAUUUGAUGACAUCCCGUUUUGGAUCUGGCGUUUUUUUUGAGCUGCAUCACUAUGACCUGUGGUUCUGUGACAAGGACACAUGGGUAUGAAGAGGUCACGGCUACGAAAUUUGGGUUCUGCUAGGUAGAGGUGUAAAAAUUGAAUUGAUAUUUUGGGAUGUUUGGGAUUAGGAUAACAUUUUGGUGUUUCUUCGGAGGAAGGGCUAGGUUAGGGGAGAGUGGGGGCACUUCCUCACUCUUUGGCAUCUAGCAUUGGACGGAGAGGCGAAGGGAAUUGGAUUUUAUGAAUGAAAGAAAAAGGAAUCAACCUGACCAUAUAUCAAGUUUCUGUUUUCUUUACUCGUAGAUAUAUAAGUAACACGCUAGUAC